GAGUGUCGAGAACAACGUCGAAAAUGUAUUCGAACUUCGAUAGAAACAGAUUGUGAACGAUGUCGACGAUUAGGAAAGCUUUGUCGAUCCAGUCGUGAUUUAGAAAUAGCUCAACUUAUACUGACUAAUCUAAGAUCUCAGAUCCAACAACUUGAAAGAAGCAUAGAGCAUGUUGAAAAAGAGAUGUAUAGCAAACAUCUUGUUCCUUCCACAAUGACAUCUGCAGUCAUGGCCCACAGUCUAUCAAAUCAAUGGAAGUUUCAUAUUCACAAUGGUCAUAUUUCUAUUGAAACAGGAAUCCAAUCCAUUAGCGACUUGUUGCCUCUUCAGACGUCUAUUUCAUACCUUUCACCUUUCAGCGCAGACUGGGGAUUCAACAGUGAUUGCAGCAGUCAAAGCAGUGCCAGUAGUAGUAGUAGUGAUAGCAGUAUUUAUCUCGGUGGAGACUCUGGCCUUUUACUCAAAUUUCGAGCAGACGAUACCUCCAAUUGGAUUCCUUUCAACGUUGAACUCUUGACACGCUUAAUCGAAUUUGAUCAAAAUGAUAUUUUAAUACCGAGAAAGCUUGUAUUUGAUCCUAGACCCAUGGUAUGCGAGUUGGUAGAUAUCUUUUUUCAAUGCCAUAGCAUUUAUCGCACUUUGGUUCAUGAAAGUUCCUAUCGUUCUCGACUAUUGUUCAUUCAAGACCCUUUAUCCGAUCCAAUUACAUUGGGUAUCUGUUGCUUCGUUUGUACUACUCCUUGUCUACAUGUACGCUAUUCUUUACAAGACCAACGUAAAAUGGCAGAUUUUUUCUUUACGAGAUCAAAAUCUAUCAUCAUGAAUCAGUUUGAUUUAUAUGAAAAACGGCUCGAAAAUGUAAUCUCCAUUGGGCUUUUGGUGCAAUAUAUGCAUACAACACUUCGGUUUUCAGAUUGUCGAAACUUGCUUGAUUUGGCUUUUGAUAUCUGUCUUGAUCUACAAAAGGAUUAUACGGAUGAAUCUUCUAUUUUCCAAAAACAAUUGACUUCGCCUGUGUCCUUACAGCCACUUACAGAAAGCGUCAAUACGGCAAUGUUCACUAGACACAUUUUCUAUAUUGUCUACUUUCGUAGAAUGAUCAAUUUUAUUGAAAAAGAUCGGUUCUUUGAGGUCUGCUUCCAUCUUCCUCCAUUGGUAUAUACAGCAGACGAGUCUGAAGAAACCAAACGAUUUGUGAAGUCUCAAAAUUGGAUUUUGAUGAUGCUGAAUCAUCCUUUUAUGACAAGCUUAAUGAAACAAAUUCACCUUGUCCAUUUUGGUCAAAUAUGCACACUUAGUUUUGACUCUAUUGUCAAAUUAGAUAAAGUCAUAGACGAAUGGGUUGCUGCCAUUCCUGACGAGUUCCGUCUUUGCAGUGAUUACAACAAUAUAGAUAUGUGCAAAGCAGCCAUUGAUAUGACAACAGAUGCUUUUGUGUUGUGCAGUUUUGGUGAUUUCUGUAUGCUCCAACUCUCUAUCUAUACGACACUCUUAAAGCCUAUACCAGUGAAUGCAGAAGGCGAGCAAGUCUUUACUUUUGUUAUGCAACACUCAUUUCAAAAAUCCAUACAAGCUUGUGCAUUAUUAGUCCAUACUGUCAAACGACUU